CUCAACAUCACCGGAGCUCACUCACUCUCUGCCUCUCUGAGUGUGAGGCGGUCUCUCCCACCCUCUCUCUCUCUCUCUCUCUCCCUGUCUCUCUUCCUCUGUCUCUCCCUCAGUCUGGACUCUGAGGGAUCGGGAUUUUCUCACCAAAAGUACACAGACAUCAGAGCAUUCACUUGGAUUAUCCCCUUGACUGACUCCGCUGAAGUUUCAUUUAUAUCUCAACUAGAAUGAAUCUGACACGGGGAAAUGGAGCGCGCAGUUUGUAGGUUUUUUUAAAAGGACAUAUCCUAAAAGAAAACAGUCUCGUUUUUUGCUUUCAUGGUGAAUCGGUCUAUCAGGAUGAACUUGCAGUGGAGCAGCCCGGCGCCCUGCAUCCGCACCGGGAGAGUCGCGCACAAGCGGCUGGACUCAGACGACCAGCCGCCGGCCAAAUGCGCCAGGCUGAGCGCCGAGGCGGGGGACACGCAGGGACUCCUCGGCACCUCUCCCGGGUCCCCGGUCAGCCCCGUAUUAAGCCCCAUCCCGGCGGCUACCCACCAGGGGCCAUCCAGGAUAGGACCGUUUCUGCUUCUACCUCUGGCGGACCGGGAGAGCGUGCACAGCGCAAUGAACACCGACACCGGCGAUGAGCUGCUGUGCAAGGUCUUUGAUAUGGGGGUGUACCAGGAAAAGAUCAGAGCCUACGGGAUCCUACCUGCACACAAGAACGUGGCCGGCAUCAGGGACAUCAUCCUUGGCGAACGCAAAGCCUAUGUGUUCCUGGACAAGGACUUUGGGGACAUGCACACCCUGGUGAAGAGCUGUCGCAGGCUGGAUGAGGAGCACGCCUGCAGGCUCUUCCGUCAGGUGGCUCUGGCUGUGGCGCACUGCCACCAGGCUGGCAUCGUGCUUGGUGACCUCAAACUGCGAAAGUUUGUCUUUGCUGAUGAGAAAAGGACACAGGUGAGACUAGAAAGCCUCGAGGACUGCCGCGUCCUAGAAGACCCGAGCGACGACUCCAUGUCAGACACCCACGGCUGCCCCGCCUACGUCAGCCCGGAGAUCCUCAGCGGCUCUGCGCCUUACUCCGGCAAGAUGGCCGACAUGUGGAGCCUGGGGGUCAUGCUGUACACCAUGCUGGUCGGCCGUUACCCCUUCCACGACCCCGACCCGGCCACGCUGUUUUCCAAAAUCCGCAGAGGCCAGUGCUGCUUGCCAGAGGGCCUGUCGCCCAGGGCCAAGUGUCUGCUCCAGAGCCUGCUGCGGAAAGAACCCUGGGAGAGACUCACGGCGAACGAGCUGCUCGCUCACCCGUGGUUCCACCAGCCGCCGUCGUCGCAGGAAGUGGCGCUGGGUGAACAGGAAGUGAGCUCGGCGGAACAGAUGGUGCCGUCCUUUGACGUGGAAGAGGAUGAUGAUCUGUUCUGCUGACGGACUGAUUCAGCUGAGUCUGGCUGAGGGACCAAAACAGAGAUUGCUAUGAGGGAUCCAUUGUUGUUUUUUUACAUUGGCACUUUUUAGAAACCCAUUUGUGUACUGUUGAGUGUACAUACACCCUCAAGCUUUCUACAAAAACUUACUGUACUGUAUUUUGUCGUCGUAUAUGUGUUACUUGCUAAGGGCAUUGCUCACAAUGAUCAUUCAUUGUGUUACUUUAUGUACAUUUUUGAAAAUUAUUUGGUGCUAAAAAGAAAUAACAAAGACUCAGAAAUUGCCAGAUUACAUUUACAGAAUAAUCUCCGCCGGCUACUAUCAGUGUAUCACAGAAAAUUAACCCAUGGCAAACAGUCGUCACCAAUGCUCGCUCUCAGCCUGGAUUCACAAGGCUUCACAAAGCAUUAGAUGACUCCUGAAGUGGAGGCGAGGAGACGUGAUGUUUUUCCUCUCACCCUCGCUGACCAGGCUGGAGGCUCCGGCGGCUGACUCACUGACCGGCUCGAGGAAGGCCUAGCACAAGCUUGACGUCUCGCAGCAGGCGGUGUCAUCGAGCGGGAAAGAUGCUUCGCGGAGGACUGAUGUGUCACACUCAGCGGGGACGCUACGAAGGUGUCUCACUGCCAAUCUGGCAAACGUCUCCGCAAAAUGGAGAGAGCAUUUACAAAUCUCACACCAUGAGCAGAAGGUUGAGAAAGGCAGGGUGUUACUGGUGUAAAACUCACAGAAAAGUGGAGAGAGUUUGUCACACACACUCAACAAUUAUCAGUGGCACUGGGCUACCACGAGAAAUCUCAGUUAUGUUCUCAUUUUAACAGUUGAAACUAAAGCAUUUAACUUUUUUAAAAACAUGGUCAAACCUGAAUAUAUUACCUAAAAAGGUGCAUCAGAGCAAGAAGUGUCUAUUUACAGGGUCUGACCUUGUGAAUUUGACUGUGAUUAAUCUGUUCUGAAACGCUAAACCUAACACUAAUUCUUCUGGUUUAAAUUAAAACGCUGAAAGGAAGUCUUCUUUUAAAGACUUUAAAGUCACAUGCCUUUGCAGCACCAGAGAUGGCUGCAAUAAUCUUAUGCCUCAAGGCGUGCUACAGCAGGACUUCAGGGGGAAAAGUGAAAAUACAUAGAAUUCAAAUGGUACUUCCUCCUGACACAAUGUCAAUCCAACAAUACUUGUAUUUUUUUUUUUUUGUUAAAGAAAUGUGUCAAAUAUCCAGUUAAGGAAACACAUUACAGGAAAAUGAAGACUUUCUCACUUGAGCAGUUGAACAUGUUUGUUCAUUUCUGUUGGAACAUUAUGUCAAGCUGUUUUGCUUUAACAAAGCCGAGCUGUCCUGAGUGUUGUGCCCGUAUCACUGUGUUUCAUAAACUGAAUGGCUCUGAAUCAGUCGCAGUCAGGCGAUAUUUGAUGUUGGUUGUCUGAUGAUGACUCAACACUUGAGUGUGUCUGUAGAGAAUGGUCCUGACCUUGGCUGGAAGAAUCUGUUCUGACUGUUUCACCUCCUUAAUGGUACUUUUUUUUUCUCCCUUUCCUUUUUUUUUUUUUUUUAUGCCGUUAAAAGUUGUGGAUCCACGGAGACAUAAUGUACCACGUUUUAUGUUGGAUUGUGACAGGCGGACACAUCGCUGCGGUGACGUUGAUCCUUACAGGCUACUGUAGAUCUGCAGCCAGCUUUUUCAUUCUGGCACAAUCAUUUUGACGACGGUACUAAAUCUGGCAUAUCUGAGAGGCGCUGUGCAUUCAAUUUUUGGGUCACGCAGUAGGCUAAUAAAACGUCUGCUGCAGUUCUUUAAUUAUUUUUAUCUCAUCUGCUCGAGAGAUGGGAACCGACUUGUGACAAUCUGAAUUGUUCCGCACAGAAAAGUAAUUUAUGAUGUUGUUCCUGGUUCAUACAUGUAGAGUGAGUCACACGUUCAUGUGACAUGUAGAGUAAACUGACACGGGUGCACAAACUUCAUAUUGCACUGUGAAUUACGUAUUUGUGACACAACCUAGAGGCUAUUACUGGUCCAGACAGGUUACACACGAGAUAUAUUCAUUGUACAAAAGAUGUAAAUAUGUAUAUUUGAAAUAUGUGUGGACAUGUUGAAUAAAGAUCACAUUUUUUCAUAUUCA